UCACAAAACCUUCGGAACCACCUCAAAAAGACAAAGAUCCACGUCGAGUCGCGGCGGGAAAAAGAUUGGCGGCUAUCAGUCAACAGGCCAAAGCCAACAAGAAAGCGAAACGGGAAGAAGAAUUAAAAAAUCAAGUAAGUGUUGAAAGCGAAGAAUGCGAAGAUGAAGGACUAUUUUCCCUGAAAAAAUUAGAUUUGAUUUCUACGAUCGUCGUAGGAUUCGGAACCUUAUAUUUUAUGUGGCAGAGUCAGAAAAAAGAUGAGGAGGAGGAAAAAAGUCCUGUGAAAAAAGAAGAAGUCCCGACAAAAGAAAAUUCCACGAGGGUACCCUUCGACGACUUGUUUGAUUAG